CUUGCUGCCAUUUUAACCAUCUGUCACGUGAUGUAACUAAAUGUUUAUUUACGUAUAAGGUUGGUAAUCUUUCAUGAUAUUCCUAGUAAUAUCAAGAAUUACCCGUAAAUUGUAAUAAUGUGAUUAACAAGAGAGAAAAAGUGCGUGUCUUAAGAAACGUUUGAAAAGGCGAAAGUGAUUAUUAUUUGUUAUAUUACAACAUAAAAUUAUUGAUCUUAAUCAACAGCUUGACUAUACAAAGACUACGUAUGUCCGUAAAAUGGCACAAUCUGCAAACAUACAUUUAGAUCUUGAAGGAAUUAUCCAAAAAGAUAAAUCUAAUGAAUACUUCUGUUGCAUUUGCAAUGAAAUUAUCUCUGAAAAGAAUUUAAUGUUAAAACAUGUUAACACGAGAAGUCACAUUAAAGCAUUCAGAAUAUUUAUAAAAUACUUUCAAGUGGCAAAAAGUGUUACAAUAAAAUGUAAGAUUUGUCAAGGUACAGGUAGUUGGAAAUUGGUAAGACGUCACGUAGAAAUGCACAAAUUAACCCCUUGGUACGAACCUAAGGAUAAAUACAAAUGGUAUUUUGACAAUUUUUUAAUAAUUCAUAAAAAUCAACUUUAUUGUUCUUUGUGUACAGUUAUACAUGAACCAUUCACUUGGAACGAUGCUUUCGUUCAUAUGAACAAUGAAUGGCAUACCACUUUCAUGUCUUCCGUUAACAAUGUAAAUGAUGAAUUUUUAAAGAAUCCAAAAAUAUUAAACAAAUAUGAAAGCUUUGUAUCUAAUUCCUUAGUAUACUUAGAAACUAAGCUCUUUUAUUGUUUCAUAUGUGAAACAAAAAUAUCAGGUGAUAUUAAAAAUCUUAAUGAACAUAUCAAGGGCGAUUAUCACAAUCGACAAAAAUUAACAUUUAAUAUUAAGAAUAUAAUUCCACUUAAGAAAACAGUUCCAAUUAAAAAUUGUAUCUUCGAAAUACCCAAAGAUUUACAUUGGAUAAUACAAGUUGAUAACAUUUAUGUUUUCACGGAUAGUUUAUAUUGCAAUAUAUGUAAUGUUACUAUGAAUAAUGUAGGCUCUAUAAAUAGCCACUUAAGACGACAUGUACGUUUAAGAGAUAUAUUUGAAAAACAAGAUAAAACACCAGUAAAUAAAAUCGAAAUUGCAUCAUCUAAAGCAAUUGUACAUUUUACAAGUAUAAGUAAUUAUUCAAAUAGAAAUCUUUCAAAUGAUAUUCAGUGUAAUCUAUUAUUAAAUAUUCCUGAUCAUUUAAAAUGGAUGAUUGAAGCACUCAACGUAGAAAUAUUUUUUGAUAAAUUGUAUUGCACGUUAUGUAAAGUUUAUAUGGCAAAUGAUACACAAGUAAAAUCCCAUUUAACUACACACUUUAAGGAAUAUUCGAAGAAAAAGAAGAAUCAAAAUUCUGAAUUUUCAUGGAGUAUAGCAUCUAAUGAAACAAAAAUCGUGAAUAAAUUAAAAAAUUGCACUUUACAAGAUAAUAAAUCUAGCUUCGACACAGAAUGUAUUUUUUCUACGGCAAAAGAAAUUAAAUCAAGCGUGUAUUUAUCUAUAUUCAAAGAAAAUAACAUCUAUUGUUUAGUUUGUCAAAAAGAUAUAUUUAACAAUUUUCAAGUGUAUUAUGAUCACAUUUUUUCUAAAGAACAUCUUAUACAUUUAAUUAACAUAGAUAAUAAAAAAGUUCGCAAAGAGUUUAUUACAUUUGAUGUUGUUAGUGGAGACAUUAAAAAUGGUAUUGACGAAUUUUUAACUUGUAUACUAUGUAAUACUAAAAUAAGGAAUAUUAAUGAAUUAUUAUAUGAGCAUAUUGAGUUGGAAGAUCAUGCAUCAUAUUAUCGUGAAUGGAAGAAAGCAUGUUUAAAAUUUUAUAAUGACAUUUUGACAUUUAUAAAAUGUAAUUGGUAUUAUACUACCAAAUAUUAUUGUGAUAUUUGUUCAAUAGAAUUUUCUUCAGAGAUAUGUUUUGCCAAACAUAUGAAUGAAAAAGAAAUACAUUUUAAUUCAGGCAAUGCCAAUUACCAUUCGUGUGUUCCGUGUUCACUUUUAUGGUACACUUAUAAUUUAUCUUAUUCUAACCACAGUAAAACACCAAAACAUCAAUAUAUGAUUUCUUGUGGAACCUAUGUUGCAAAUAAAUUUCCAUCCGAAGUAGAAAGAUUUUUGAUGUCAUUUGAGGAAAAUACCGAAGAAUUAUUAAAGUUUUCUCUUAUCACAGAAAAAGCAAAAGAAAACAAAAUAUUGACAUGCUUGAAAACCGAUACAAUAUCAGCUUUUAAUAAAGUGGAAGCUUAUGCAUAUGGAUCUCGAAUUUGUGGUUCAGGUCUUCCAGAUAGUGAUAUCAAUAUAUUUCUUGACUGCUUGAAUACAUAUAAUGGAAAAGAUGUAUGCAGUAAACAGCUUGAAGCCACAGUUAAAACAAUUAAUAGUAUCCUCUUAUCAAAACCAUCAGUUUGGCAUGUAAAUGAGAUUAUAUUGGAUGAUGGAAGAACCAUCAUGAAAGUAUGGUAUAUACCAAUGCAAUUACAUUGCACAAUCUCUUUUAAAAAUGGUCUUGACGUGGAAAGUACAAAUUUAAUCAAACAUUUCAAUGAGACUUACUUACCAUGCCGUAAAUUAAUCUUGAUUUUAAAAAAAUGGUUGUCAUUUUGUGGUAUAUCAGGAUUUCCUUGUAUAAGUAAUUAUGCAUUAACCUGGUGUAUUAUUUUCUAUUUACAAAUAAUGUUUAUAUUGCCAAGUAUUACCGAACUCAUUCAAGAAAAUAAUAAGUCAAAAUUAAUAGAUGGCUGGCAAACAGGAGUAUCGUAUGAAUUUAGUGCUAGAAAAACUUCCAAAUUUCCUUUCGUAAAACUCCUUUCAGGAUUUUUUAUAUUCUAUGCAGAAUUUGAUUACAGGCGCCACAUAAUUUGUCCAUUAUUAGGAAAGCCAAUAGAAAGGAAAAUAUUUACAGAUCUAUCUUUACUACCUAAUGAUAUGGCUCCUUAUGUUCAAUAUGUUAGAAAUGCAAAAAAUCCAAAAUUGUUUUGUCUAUCGCCUAUGUGCGUACAAGAUCCAUUUAAUUUAUCUGAUAAUCUUACUGUAAUGGUAGAAAAAAGUACCUUAAAUAAUUUCAGAAUAUUCUGUAGCAAAAGUGCAGAAAUAUUAAUAGAUUUAUUUUAAUCACUUA